ACAAAGAAGUUGUCUCAGUUCCAGUUCACCGUUUCCACCCCAUCCACACCCCAAGAAAAUGACUCACCGACUCUCCGCACCUUUCCUCAUUAUCCUAAUGAUCGCCAUCGUCGGCCUCAUUCUCCCCGACUUGGUCCACACCACCGCCUCUUACGACGCCCAUCAGGUCUCAAGCCAGGCCAAAGCUCAGUCAGUUGCCCCCAAAGGUUAUAAUGAUCGGGAAGCUCGUCCUAGCUCCCAGAAACCGGGCAAUGGCCAAGAGGCGACUAGCGUCUACAUCAUCACCCUGAAAGACAACACAACUCCAGCACAAUUCCAGGCGUACAGGCAACAAUUGAUCAAGCAAGGCGCCGUGAUCAAGUACGAAUACUCGAUCAUCAAAGGUUUCGCCGUCUACAUCAAGCCUUCCCAGGUGCAAUCGAUCAAGAAAGAUCCUCUAGUCAAGAACAUCGAGAAGGAUCAGGAGGUGCAUACUCUCUGA